AUGUGGGUCCACCAGUCGCUCUCAGCCAUUGGAUGCCUCCUCCUGCCCGCCAUGCGGAAAAAGGCGGCAUCGGCGGCGACGGCCGGCGGCAGCGACGGCGACGUGCUGCGGGAGCACUGGCUGGUGCGCGACAUGUUCUCCUUCGAGAACGUGGGCUUCACCCGCRACGUGGGCAACGUCAAGUUCCUGGUGUGCGCCGACUGCGAGGCGGGGCCCAUCGGCUGGCACUGCCUCGAUGACAAGGAGAGCUUCUACGUGGCGCUGGAGCGCGUGGCCCACGAGUGACGCCGCCGCCGGGCGUGGGACGAGGCGUGGGGUCCCGCCUGGCAGCG